AUGUCCCUCAUACAGGGAGAUUGUAAGCAUCACAUGUCUUAUGUGCCAGCCCUGGAAGGCGAGGAGAACUUUGAUGAAUGGAAGAGAAACGUCAUACGGGCACUCACUGCCAGGGGACUGAUUCACGUCCUGGAGGGUGUCCAAGCAGACCAAGACAUCAGUCAAGAUAAGGAGAAAUGUAUCAGCUGCCCGACACCCGAGAGCUCAGUCGACAUUUGUUCCAUGAGAUCUUUCGAUGAGACCAAUCACUCUGAGGUUUCCCAACCUGCAUCAUUCCAAGCGGCUUCUGACACGAAGAGCCGUCGUUGCGCGAGCGUUCACUCCCAUCAGUCACAUACGAACAGCGGCGUCGAUGCUGCCAGCGACAUGAAGGCCAAGCAGGAGAGGCAGGGCAGCAUGGAGCGCAGCGAGGCCCUCUUGCUUAUGUCGCAGUCCUUGGUGGGUGUGCACGAGUGGUUAGUCCUCCGCGGCUUCGACCCGUGUGAGGAGGACCCGGCGCAAUACUUUCAGGCUGUCCAGGACGUCUUUACGCGGCUCUCCACCUGGGCCCUGGAUGAUACAAGGAGACGUUUACGAGAGAUCAAGAAAGAUGGCUACAGGACAGUCCAGCAGUACAGGCAGGAGCUUCUGUUUCUGCGCAACCGCUAUCUCAGGGCCGAGUGUCCCACGCCACGUGACGAGCGCGAGCGUGAAGUCUUGUGGUGGACCAUCGACAGCUUCAAAGCCUGGUGCCCGACGUUGCAUGCACAACUUGCCCGGGACAUGAUGGAGGCUCCUGGUAGCGGACAGAUGUUGACCUGGUCCCGGCUGAUGCGGCAGCUCGCAUACAUGUAUGAGGGGCACCGUUACCGUUACGUCCUCGGGCCUGAUGCCACUGAUGGCUAG